AUGGCUUUCUGGGUUGACUGGGCUCUUUGGGAGAAGCUGAGCUUUGCGCUAGCACUCUUGAUUGUUAUGGUUUUUGUCUAUGCGUUCUGCGUCUUGGCCUUUAACACAUGGAAGAUUCGCCGCUACACCGACGCCGAGCUUCGUCAAAAAGAUAAAGAGGCGGAGCUUCAUCCGAUUCUUUCAAAUGAUAUUGUCCCGUUUGGUGCCAAAGCCCUGGAGCGGCGAGUCUACGUGGAAGGUAUCUGGGUCUCCCCUCUCUCUACUCCCCUUUUAAGUACCCUACCGUCAGAGACACCGAGCAUAAGCCCACUGAGCCCAUCGCCGGAGAGAUUCUCGCCGAGAUCACCGACUCCGGCAUCUUCAGUUGCUCCCGAGGAAGUGAAAGAGCCCCAGGCAGUAGCAGAAUCGAUUGCGCCCACUGACGACUCUUUCGAGCGAGAAUCUCUCACAGUCCAUCCCUCCAGGGGUGGAAUUGGUUUGGAUGAAGCCAGCGAAAGAUCUGUUUCAUUUCCUGAAACCAAGCAAACAACAAUACUUCCUGGCCAGGCUUGCGAUGAUAUACCCCAAUACGAGCAGCACGACGCAAAGCGUGUCAGUUUCCAUACCCGUGUUCGGCAUGCGGGCUCAGUGUCUGAGGCCGAUCUUGCGGAUAGUACACUGGCAGAUAUCACAAACUCCCUCGACCCAAGCAAAGAAGCGGACGCCCCACCACAGAAUGAGAAAAGCCGAUUGUCGCGCAUCUCGAGAGUCCUUCGGAAGCGAUCUUCAGAGGAAUUUCGACGAAAGAUGAGUGCCCUGUUCAACGAGCAGUUUCGUAUGGAUGGUCCAGCCGACCAGCUGCAAAUUGAUCCACCUUUCCGGCACUCUCGUAGUCGGAAGAGACGAAAAUCGACCAUCACGCAAUCUCAUUCUCUGAACCUCUAA